CAAAAAAAAGAGAGGAGAUGGUGGAAGAGGAAAGAAGGGAGAUCCUUGAGUACAAGAGGGGUGAGUUAGAGGAGGAGGAGAAGGAAGAUGACAAGGAGGACAUUCUCCCACCUGAUAAAAGUAUCAGAAGGAGAGCUGUGGGCUGGGUGAAUAAAACAUGGGAGAAGAGGAACCUCAGAAAGAUAGAGAGAACGUAUCAGAGAGAGGCUGAGGAGGGCUACAAGAUCGUCCACAUAGGUAAGACCUGUUUUCCCUCUACUUAUGACAUCAUCCUCUGUAGUCUCCUCUACACACAUACGUUCCACACCAGUCAUCAUGAUGCAUCAUUGUUUCAAUAUAAAACUACUGUCCAAAGAAUAUGUUAGCUGACAUGGCUCAUUGAGUGACUGACUGACAUAACAAGAAAAAUACUGCUGAUAACAACCACGUUUUUAAAUGGUACCUUGUGUUAUCUACUAGUCUAACUCUCAAGACUAAGUUGAGACCCAGAAAGAGUUCAUAAAAAACACACACAAAAACGUGUUUUGGGGGGAUCCGGGGGCUACUAGUGGCCAUGGGGCCCUAAGCGAUCACAUAUGCCCUGGCACUAUACAAAGAAUAGGUGCCAUUCUGGACUCAUGUUCAACUUAGGGCCAGGUCAAUUCAGGAUGGAAAUUAUUGCACUUUAUUCACAAAUUCCAUGCCUUGCUUAACUGAAAAGAGUAAAGAAUCAUUGAGAUCCAAUUGUGUUUUCUAUUCUUCAUUCCCUGUGUCCAUUACAUUUAAGUUGAUAUCAGAUCCACUAAGUUGAAUGUAAACUCUACUUCUUCUCCCCUCCCAGCCAUCCCUGGACACACAAGGCUAACAUCCACCAUGACCCGGGCAGAGAGAGAGAGGGAGAAGAGGAAGGAGCUGCUGAAGGCUGAGGAGAGAAGGAAGAAGAUGGAGGAUUUCAAUAAGCAGUGGAGAGAGCGGUCCCUGCUUAAAAAACACACUCAUCAACAACUGAAGGAGGAGAGGGAGAGGAUGAAGGAAAACUACCUGGAGCAGAUGAAUCUGGAGGCUGAUGCUCAAAUCAACACCCGGUGUCUAACCACCCAACAUAGCCACGAUUACAACCACGGUCAGGAGUUGCCCAGGUGGGCCACAGGCCAACAAGUAAGCCAAGUAAGCCAAGAGCCCACUGGAUCUGCUGAUGGCCACCAGGAAAGGCCAAGGAGGCAACAGGCAUGGGCAGACAACCAGGAGGGGAGUUCAGAGAACCAGCAGGAGGGGCCAGAGAACCAUCAGGGGGGGCCAGACAGCCAGCAGCUAGAAGCUCCAGAAGAGGCUGAAACAUCAGAGCCAAUCUCCAACACAAAGACAAAGAAAAAGCCAAGCAUCUGGAAGAAAAUUAGGAUGAGUCAACAAGUGAUGAGCCAGAGCAACCAAUCAACGUCACUGCAGCUGUUCUACCCACCACCCCCAUUGCUCUUCCUCCACCACCAACCUCAUCCUCUUCUCCUGUUCAACUCAUUUGUCGCCCCACUAGAAAGGACUGUACAUACAGUUGAAGUCAGAAGUUAACAUACACUUAGGUUGGAGUCGUUAAAACUC